AUGGCGUCUUGUCUCGCCCUACUACUACCCCUAGGGUUGGCGGCUAUCGCAACCACUACAGGUACCGCCCCAUCCAGCACCAGUGCUGCAAAGCUGCUGACCAGUAUGACGGCAAACGAUCCAGAGUGUGUGCAUGGAGCACAGCAAGACCAUGUGUUGCAUAUGCUGCAACUUGAAACAGGACGCAUCUCCUCCAAGCAGACCCAGAUCCAACUAAACACCCUGGCUGUGGAUGCAAUCGUACCGUGCAUACCGGCUGUGAUUCUGGCGUUGUUGGGUACGGCUGCUCUGUUCCUGGUCUACAAGUUCGUUGUGGACGCAUCCCCUGUCCCCUACACCAUGGCACUUGGUGUCUACAGUAAUUUCCAGGACAACUUCCUCUUCACGCUGGUCCUGGUCCGAAGCCAACGCCUAGCGGAUGAUUUCCAUGCCAACCUCUUUGUUUCGGGGUGCCUGGUAGGUGCUCACAAAAUGGGCACGGCGCUGGGCAUGCUUGCGGUCUUCCUGGCCUUGAAGGUGUCGCCAGACUUCUGGCGGGCAACCCGGGCUGUGUACUCCACUGGUGCGCUGCUGCAGAUCAGCGGGGCUGUAGCCUUCGCCGCCUGCGGUUUCCUCGGCGACACUAGCCUGGCUGGGCUGGUGCUAGCGCGACCCCUCAUGGGACUUGGUGGUGGAAUUCAGAUCAGCUUGGCCUUCACCCAAGCAGCGCACCUCGCCGGGAAGAAUCGGGCGCUGUACAACCUGCGCUUCUUUGCGGCCGGCUGCGUAGGCAUGGGUGCUGGGCCAUUCCUCAGUUCCCUUGCCUCGGCCAUUUCGCCGCCGAAGCCCACCGGCCAGGACGAUUUUGAAGGCAUGCUGGCCUUUGCGGCUCUUGCCCCUUGGAUGCAGGUGAGCAUGCUGCUGCGCUCGAUCCCUUCCCUGGACAAUGUGGCAGAGCGCAAGGCUCCUCGAGGAACAUCACGCGCACAGGCGGUGGUUGUGUGCUUGUGCCUGGCCAUGCUGGUCCUCCGGAACUUAUGCUUGUCCUCACUGGAAGUUGGCAUAGCUCAGCUCACGCAGACACACUUUGGGUUCGGACAGCUGGCCGCCGGAGUAUUGUGUGCCCUUACUGUAUUUGUAACCUUGCCUGUUCUACUGCUCUACGAGAAGAGUGAGAGGGUCCGAUUCUGGCUCUCCUUGGGCGCAAUGCUCUGGACGGGCUUGGCCGCCGGCUGCCUCUUGCUUUGCGAAAGGUUCGUGGUAUUUUACUUUGGCGCCCUCCUGUUCUUCCCGAUGAUGGUCCUGAACAGUGGCCUUGUCAUGGCGAAGAUGCAGGAAUAUGCGAUGCCGGACGGCUCGUUGCUCGACCGGAACACAACAACAGUGCUGGGCCUGAUCAUGGCGGAUUUCUUUGGACGAGGUUUCGGGGCCAUCUCAACCCGGAUCGAUGUUACGCUAGGGGGGCAGCGAGUUUUUGCCCUCACGCAAAUCACGUUCGUAGCUCUGAGCCUUCUACUCCACCUGGUAAGUGAUUUCACCGUCGCCAGUCGCUCGGUGGACGCGAAGGCACGACACUUGCAGGCACCGGAGAUCGAGCCGCACACGGCCAUCGAAUGA